UAGUUCCCUCCAAACACCUUGCCACCAACCUCCUAUAUCCUCAUGACCUGGAAACCUCACAUACAUCCUUCAGUGCACUUCUUACCCUAUUCUCAUCCGUUUUUAUCCCACUGCUCUUCAGGCAACCUCAUAACCACUCCUUCCUUCAGCCAUCACCAUCUCUUAUCAUCUUAGCGCCCUCCAUCAGUCACCUUCACUCAUCAGUUAUCAGCAUUGCAUCACCCUUCUAUCCUGUUGCAGUCUGUAUGUUCCCGGCGCCGCUCCAGCAUCACCCACACCGUCUGCCUCCAGCUUCUGAAUCCCCGUCGCUGUGGCCGCCGUCAGGAAGGCAAUCAGAUGUGUGCCGCGGCCCUGCACAUCAAAUACCCCUCAGGCGCGUCGGCGAGGGUUCAAUCGGUGCUAGAGGAGGAGCGGGAGAACAGCAAGAUUCUGUCGGGGCUUCGCGGAGGCCCGUGUCCACCGCGUGAAGGCUUCCCUGCGCCGCCCGCAAAAUGCAGCGUGAGUCCAGCGGGCCUUCCGUCGGAAACACAGCCUGGUGGACAGUUCCGGUUGGCACGCGCCCCUCGGACCCACAAACUCCGGGCGAUUAGUUCCUCCCAUGCAUCCGCGCGUCACUCUGGUCAUCGCUACACCCACGCUGACCCGCCCGCCGCUCCCCGCCCGCGUGAUGGCCCCAGUGCGGGUCAGUGGGCCACCCCCGCACGCCCGCCAAGUCAUUAUCCCGGCCACACAUGAACACCGAUAUCCCCCCUUCCCCUCACUCUCCCUCCUCCUCCUCUUUCCCUCCCUCCCGUUGCCUCCCGUGAGCUGGGCGGGGCGGGGAGUGAGGAUUGGACACCUGGAUUGGCUGCAGGUAAGUGAUGCUGAGAAAUUACUGUCUUGAUUUGGG